GUCGCUAAUGCUGCUUACGUAGCUCUCAUAAGACAUCACACUGACUACAUAACGAUCACAUCACACUUAGUUAUGACACUUUACAUUCAUAAACACGGACUGUUGUAACGCCGGUAAGGAUGUUUUUGUGUUAACAUUACUCACCUCUAUGGGACACGUCGAGCGAGGGUUUGGAUAUUUCCUCAGGUUGCAUAUGUUGCUCUCUGCCCUCCUCUCAUUGCUGUCCUGAGGUGUAUCAGCAGGAGAACUGCUAGUUAAGCGUUUUAGAGGAGCAGCGCACCAGCUGUGUGUGUGUGUGGCGUCACAGCGUGUGUUGUCUCUGGGGUGUAUUCAACAGCGGAUCAAAUGAUGUGACCUUCAAAAACAGGAACCGGCCUGUCAGUGCACACAGAGAUGACUCAAACCCGCGCCUAAUGAAGCUUCCCAAUUAAAGAUAACAAGGGAAGAAGAGGCCAUACAGUAGAGCGGCGUUCUCAGCAGUGGCCCGUUUAUCACAGCUUUCUAAUUGAAGCCCUGAAAUAGCACUCUUUAGCUAUGGGAAAAGGCUAAAUGCUUAUUAGAAGUGCGUAUGACGUCUUGUUUGUGUGUGUUUGUGUGUUUUGCAGGCCUAAGACCAUGAGUGAUCAUCAGGAUCCGGCUGAAGACAUCGGGCUCCUCACACCUCACGAUCAGCCGGAGCCCUCGAAGGACGAGGACAUGCAUUUCAGGGUGCAUCUAAUAGAUGAUCUGUCAUUUGAGGACCUCAAGAAAUGCUACCGUGGAUCUACCGUCAGCAAGUAUAAUGCGCAGUACCACAAGCUUUUCCAGAGCGUUCCCAAAGACGAGCUUCUCAUGAAGGUGUACUCCUGUGCCCUGCUGCGGGACAUCCUCCUGCAAGGCCGACUCUACAUCUCUCGAAACUGGCUGUGCUUCUACGCCAACCUCUUCGGUAAAGACAUCAAGGUGGCCAUUCCUGUUGCGUCUGUGCGGAUGGUGAAGAAACAUAAGACAGCGGGUCUGGUUCCCAAUGGCUUGGCUAUCACCACAGACAGCAGUCAGAAGUACGUGUUUGUGUCUCUAUUGUCCAGAGACAGCGUCUAUGACGUGUUGAGACGCAUCUGCACACAUCUACAGGUCAAUGGGAAGAAGAUCCUCUGCCUCAAGCAGUACAUGGAGGAGCCUAACUCUAUAUCUCUGGAUGAGUUCCCCGUCCCUGAAGUUUUCCCUGUCCCAGACGAGUUUCCUCCGGUGCUGAAGUGGAGGAGGAAGCCGUCAGUGGUGUCUGUGUCGUCUUCUCUACCGGAUUUACUGGGAAACUCCACCAGCAGCCUGAGUGCCGUAGACGCCCCUUUCCAGACAGACGAGCCUCUGGAGGAUCAAUGUCUGGAAACCAAGAAGUUCCUCCUGACAGAGACGAUACCAGAGCUGGGUCAGAUGGAGUACCAGCUACUGAAGUUCUUCAUCCUGCUCAUUAUCCUGCUCAUCCUGUCGUCGUGUUACCUGGCCUUUCGAGUGUGUAGCCUGGAGCAGCAGCUCUCUUUCCUCAGCAACAACCCUGCACUCACUCUCAGAGAGAGGUAACUGACGGUCACCACUGCAACUGUCCAUAGGAGAGUCUUCCAGCGCUGGCGCUCUCUCUCUCUCUCUCUCUGUGGCCGCCUUGCAACUAUGCAAACUCUCACGUAUUUAUGCAAAGUCUUUCUCAGAUCGUGUUGACAAUGAGCCUGAAGACUGCGAGUGUUCUCAAAUAGUCAUUGUGUGUUACUGGACCCAUGAAGAAAGGACCUGACCAGCCUACACUGGAUUUAGACUGUGCAUUAUUAACAUUAUGAAAGGCUCUGCUUCCCUCGUCAUCUAAUGUGUCAGUCGCUCUACAUCAAACCAGGCAAAUGACUUUCAAUAGGUUAUAAAUCUCUUGAAUAUAUGUAUAGCUCAGGAUCGAAUGAAGUAUAUUUGGAUAAGAUUAUUUUAUUUAUUGAUAUGCAAGCCAAUUGCCAUGUUCUAGCUCUUCCAAUAGGAUUUAGUUGACCUGAAAAUCUCUAUCAUGUGUACAGUUUGAUCAGGUUGUGUGAUCAGUUUUACUGUGUUCACACCUGGGCAGAAUGUUUAUGGCAUAAUGAAUGUUUACUCAAGUCAAUCUUGAAGCUGUUGAAUUCAUGGACAAUAAAAUAGUGCAUUUUCAUGUACUCUCUGAAUGUUA